CCAACAGGAUAUCCCAGGCUCUGCUUUCCACACAGCUCAGAUUGUUGACAUGCCUCCUCCAGCUCUGUGUGCGCACACCUCUCGCAUUCACUGCCUGUCAAGGAGACUGUUGUGUUGCACUGCUUGACGUCAAUUUCUGGAAAGAAAUUCCCUUCGCCUCCUGCUGACAGGCAUUCAUCACCGGCGACCCGUGCAGGUAAAGUCUCAGUGCUGACGACACUCUCCACAACUGGUCUGAAGCUACAGGAAGCAAGAGGGGAAUCCCUUCUUUGAGGAGGGGGUGGGAUAGCUGGGGUAGAACCCAACACUGGGAAGCCUGGUACGGAGGCCACCACCUCUAUCCCAUCAAAGUUCUCUUGAGGCAUAGAACAUACCGAAGAUGAGAAAAGGACACUGCGAGCGGUUUCCUUCACCUUAGCUAAUCUUAACUCAGAGUUUAAGCUUGAGACACCAUCAGACUCCAGGUCCAAGCUCGGAUCUAGUGGAAGGCUUUCUAAAAUAAAACUGGAAGCAACUUUGGUUUGAGUCUGCUCAUGCAUUUCUAUAUCCUCGGCAGCAAAUGAAGGGGUAUCGGACGAACACAAUGUUUCAGAUGUGUAUUGGACAUCUGAGAUACGGCUAACUAUGGUUUGCUCUAAGAGAUUGGCGUCUUGUUCCUUGCAGGUUUCUCCAUGACUGGCAGCAUCCAAACUAGUCUUACUAAGUGACUGGGUAAGAGGAAAAGGGUCAUUUUUCAAGUUCGUAUCUUUAUUUUCUUUAGGUUUUUGGUCAGGGAGAGUGAUUGACAGAUCAAACAAAUUCAACAGAUCAGGAGUGAGGCUCUGUUGAGAUGACACUGGGUCCCCCUUUGAGGACUCACUAGAGGCCAGCUCAUUUCUAGAUGAUCUCAUGUUACUAUUCAACAAAUUUGACAGAUCAGGAGUGAGGCUCAGUUCAGAUGGCAUUGUGUUAUUCCGUAAGGACUCAGUGGAAACUUGUCCAAGUCUAGCUGAACAUUCCACAUCCCUUAACUGGUCCUCACUUAAAAGUUUAAAAUCAACCUCUGGGUCAUCAGAAUACAGUUUCAUAGUCUCUAGCUGGACAGGUGAGCUGUCACUAGGUGGUGCUAGUGUGCUUUUCUUUCCGUUGAGCCCAAGACCUGUCCUUUUGGCUUCCUUGUUUAGUUUUGGAACACACAGUUCCCAGUGGUUAACCGUGUUUAGCUUUUUGAGUUUCAGGUCACCAAAUUCUUCAUCAGGUAAAUGGAAAUCUCUUAUGUCUAAACAAAUCGGCAGAUCUUUUAUGCUGAUCCAGGUGCUUAGAGAAUAGAAGGCAGAGCCUGUAAAACAGAAAUAGGUAUAUGUAAAAUUUACAGGUUUUAAGACCUUUUUUUUUAUUAUUAGAAUUUUUUUUAAAUAUUUCAUUAGUCUUAAAAUUAAUCCAUGCUACAGAUGUCUAUUUUACAUAAGAGAAUGACAACCGGUAGUCUUGAUGAGGUACCAGUGAGACAGAGGCUGGAUUAGUGAUCUAUAAAAAGGCAGGCUUUAUUUCAACAUCAAUAAUCAAAAGUAGUAUUUUUAGUUGAGGAUUACAGACACAAUGUAACCUUUUUAAUUUUAUGAUAAAAUCCAGAUCAGAUUCACCUAGAGACAGCUGCCAACAGCACAAUUUCAUUUAUGGGUGCUUACGUGUGCCCCAAUAAUUUAUUUGAAAUGGACAAGGGGUUGAUUUAAAGUGGGGUGUUCAAAACGGUGACCCCAAGAUUUCCUAUAACUACACCUCCGAUAAUGCUGUCAGUGGAAAAAGCUGGAGAGAACUUUUGGAAUCAUCUCCCCAUAUGAUUUAUUGGUUAUUAAAUAGUUUUGUACCCAAAAGAGCACACAAACAGUACUAGAAUUUAGCAAAACCUGCAGUUUUAUAUUUUUAUAAGUGCUCUUACCCUAGGGAGUUAUUUACUAAACAGUGAAUUGUUGAGAGCCAACUAUGGAGCAGCAAAAUUGAGGCCCAGAUAGUGAAUUAGAAAAUUAGCUAGUUUUCAUCUUUCACCUAUAUUUUAGUUUUUCUUUUCAAUUCAUCACAAGUCACUGCUCAGUGAAUACAAUCCUCCCUCCAUAUUAUUAACAUUGAUUCAAUAGCCAAAGCUUCCAGCAUACCAGACCAAUAUUUGAUCUUUAAAAUCCCAGUAUCACAGAAACAGGCUGUUUAUUCAAGUUAGAAACUUUUUUAAUUUAAAUUUUUAGGCCAAAGUAGCUGAAAUGAAGACAGUUUCACUAGGAGAAUUUUUCCAUUUUGACUAGUUUGGCAUUAAAUAGAAAUUUUCCCUGGAGAAUUCUGGACAAUUCCCAGUUCAGUGAAUAACUAUUAGUGGCUUGCUGGUUAAGACUCACCUGCACAUUUAGGGUCUUGUUUUAAUGCUUUGUGGAUGGAUAGGUCGCUUUCAAAGCUUUCCAGGUUUUUCUGCAAAGGCUCACCAUGAAAGCUAGCAGAGUUCCGUGGUCGUAACGUGUACAUGCUUUGUCCAGCUGGCAGUGUUUGGUCCUCUUCCGGAUUGGAUCCUUCUGUAACCCUCGACUUUCCUGCUUCAGUGGUAGAACACACAGGGUUGACCUGUGGAUCUGUUCCCGUCAGGGCUCGCCCCUCACAGUUCUCUUUUUCACUUUGCGAUCCACUUGUAAGGCCAGCAAAUUCAAGCUGGACAGAGAGGUCCUUAAGAUCAGGAGAAGCUGCCAAAGGCUGCAUUUUAAUGGGUGGACUACUCCCUUUACAUUUUCUCCUCCUGCCACGGGAUCUACCUGUGGGUGGGUGACUUAGAGGUGUCUGUGAUGUUCUGCUGGCAACAGAUCCAUGUUCUAUAAGACCUUGAGGUGACGGAGACAUUAGGGAGCAAUCCUGUGCCACGUUGCCUUUCUCCUGCUUUGCUCUCCCUCUCGAAGCUCUCCUGCCGGUGCCAAGUUGGCUCUGGAUCACUGCGUCUAGGUCCACUUUCCUCUGACAGCUGGACAUACGCCGCGUUGUUCUUACAUAAUACUCCACGGGGAAUAAAAGCCCCUCUACAAGAGUGCAAGAACUGAGUGGGCUACUCUGCUCGCCCGUUAAACUGGACUCUCUUUGGGCCACAUUGUCUACCUGAAGAGGCUUCUGUUCGACUGAAUCUUGUAGUGCGUUGUGUGUAGUGUUACGCUCGCCAGCAUUAUUAAAGGCUCUGCUGGCAGCUUCCUCCAUGGGACAUUUCAUGAUAGAACCAGAUUGUCUCUUUUGCCCUUCUUUGGUGUUCUGUUUACUUCCCCUGGGUUUCUCCGCAGUGUCUAUGGUUGAUAUACCCUCCACAUCUGUAGAAAGUAAAAAUGUGCGUUUUGUGUGAUCACCAGGAUGGUGGCAUUCACCUAUAGAAUUACCUCUGGCAAUCAAUGUGCUGGGAACAGGGUCAGUUUUAUUUACAUUAGUGGUACCUGCAGGUUUCCGAUUCUUGGCACAGUCACUAGGUAAGGGAUGGCUGGCUGCCACCCCAGCUCCAUCUGCCUUUAAACUAAUAUUGUGCAAAUUAGUUUGCUUUAUACACACAGGUGAUGAUGGGUUAUACAAGCUCGGCACCUCAUGCCGUAGCCGUCCUGACUCACUCAAAGAACUGCUGGGCAGACAGAUACUUGUUUGUGAAGAUUCUACAAAGGAGUCUCGAUUCUUUGAUCUAUUUAACUUCAGUCGGCUUCUUGGAGUCUGAUCCCGGUUGCCCUGACCCUUGGGUGUAAAAGGAUUGCCUUGCCCAACAAGAGCUCUCUCGAAAUCCUGAGGGGAGCUGGCUCCUGCACAAUGUAUUUCGGGGUCCGCAUUAAAUGUAACAUGGGACUCUCUCGCUUUGUCAGCUUGCGGGGGUUGGCAACUUCUUUGGGGCUCGAUGACAUCUCCUAGGGUGCUGGCAGAAAUGCAUGGUGGUUCUGUGGCAUAAAAAUGAAACAAAUGAUCAACAAAUGGAAAACAAGAGCCACAAAACUGAAAACGAAGGAAAAUAAUGAUUACCAGACACUUGGAAAACCAAUGUCAGACAGACACCCCUUGUAUGUAGUGGUAGCAGUACGGACUACAAUACCCAGCUAAAUCAAAGCUUGAGAGACACAAAGUGUGAAAAUACAAACCCUUAAGGCAUUCCCAAGGCUGUAUUAGAUCCCAUUUUUUCAUGCAUUAUAGAAACUAUGCAUUUAAACAUACAGGAAAAAAAAACAAAAAAAAAAAAAAACUAAAAUUGCACCAUUUAGAAGAAGAAGAAAAAAAUAUGUUCUGGUAUUUGCAACCUCUGCCAUUGUGCUCUGUCUAAAUCAGGAAGUAACUGACACCACUGUCAGCAAUCCUAGACAUCUGACUGUUUUCAAUCAGAGUGCUGAAUAUAACCUGUAAACUUCCAAUCAUCAGAAAACAUGAAUGGAACUACUGCAUGAGCUGAGAGCAACACAGCUCCAAAGGCCGAUAGAACAAGAGGGAAAUUUACAAAAACAUGUGAAUGAGACAGUUUUAGUUAGUGGGUACUGUUGUCCAAUGAGCAAGUACAGGUACUUUACUGAGCAUGGAAGGGUGAGGAGGCCAUAUGUUUUCUGCUGUGUCUUAUUUGCGUGGAGGAGGCGCUUACAGUGAGGGAAAAAAGUAUUUGAUCCCCUGCUGAUUUUGAAUGUUUGCCCGCUGACAAAGAAAUGAUCAGUCCAUAAUUUUAAUGGUAGGUGUGUUUUAACAGUGAGAGAGAGAAUAACGAAAAAGAAAAAAAAAAUCCAGAAAAACACAUUUCAAAAAAGUUAUAAAUUGAUUUGCAUGUCAAUGAGUGAAAUAAGUAUUUGACCUCUUCGACUUAGUACUUGGAGGUCAGACGUUUCUUGUAGUUGGUCACCAGGUUUGCAUACAUCCCAGGAGGGAUUUUGUCCCACUCCUCUUUGCAGAUCCUCUCCAAGUCAUUAGGGUUUUUCGAGGCUGAUGUUUAGAUCCUGGAGUCGCCUACUCGAACCUUCAUCUCCCUCCACAGAUUUUUUUUUAUAGGAUUAAGGUCUAGAAACUGGCUAGGCCACUCCAGGACCUUAAUGUGCUUCUUCUUGAGCCACUCCUUUGUUGCCUUAGCUGUGUGUUUUGGGUCAUUGUCAUGCUGGAAUACCCAUCCAUAACCCAUUUUUAAUGCCCUGGCUGAGGGAAGGAGGUUCUUACCCAAGAUUUGAUAGUACAUGGCCCCGCUCAUCGUCCCUUUGAUGCGGUGCAGUUGUCCUGUCCCCUUAGCAGAAAAACACCCCCAAAGCAUAAUGUUUCCACCUCCAUGUUUGAUGGUGAGGAUGGUCUUCUUGGGGUCAUAGGCAGCAUGCCCCCUCCUCCAAACACGGCGAGUUGGGUUGAUGCCAAAGAGCUCGAUUUUGCUCUCAUCUAACCACAACACUUUCACCCAGUACUCCUCUGAAUCAUUCAGACGUUCAUUGGCAAACUUCAGAAGGCCCUGUACAUGUGCUUUCUUGAGAAGGUGGACCUUGUGUGUCCUGCAGGAUUUCAGUCCUUGACGGUGUAGUGUGUUACCAAUAGUUUUCUUGGUGACUAUGGUCCCAGCUGCCUUGAGAUCAUUAACAAGAUUCUCCUGUGCAGUUCUGGGAUGAUUCCUCACCAUUCUCAUAAUCAUUGAGACUCCACGUGGUGAGAUCUUGCAUGCAGCACCAGACCAAGGGAGACUGACAGUUAUUUUGUGUUUCUUCCAUUUGCGAAUAAUCGCACAAACUGUUGUCACCUUCUCACCAAGCUGCUUGGCGAUGGUCUUGUAGCCCAUUCCAGCCUUGUGUAGGUCUACAAUCUUGUCCAUGCCAUCCUUAGACAACUCUUUGGUCUUGGCCAUGGUGGAGAGUUUGGAAUCUGAUUGAUUGUUUCUGUGGACAGGUGUCUUUUAUACAGGUAACAAACUGAGAUUAGGAGCACUCCCUUUAAGAGAAUACUUCUAAUCUCAGCCCGUUACCUGUAUAAAAGCCACCUGGAGCCAGAAAUCUUGCUGAUUGAUAGGGGAUCAAAUACUUAUUUCACUCAUUGACAUGCAAAUCAAUUUAUAACUUUUUUGACAUGCAUUUUUCUAGAUAUCUUUUGUUAUUUUGUCUCUCACUGUUAAAAUCCACCUACCAUUAAAAUGAUAUACUGAUCAUUUCUUUGUCAGUGGGCAAACGUUCAAAAUCAGCAGGGGAUCAAAUAUUUUUUUCCCCUCGCUGUAUUACUGUAGUUACGAGAAACUAGGAAAAGAAAGACAGGAAGAGGUGGACCAACUUACACCAUAACCUAUAUAAGGAGCAGGCCAUGAUGACCGGACUCUUAAUAGAUCACCAUUAAUCUUAUCUGUAUCGGUAUUAAUAUUAAUGGUAUUUAUUUUCCUUGCGCAAACAUAAUAUCUUGUUAUAUAAACAUGUACUGUGUCACACGCCUCAAGUACACAAUGGUAAUUAUUUUAUUUAGUACAGCAUCUGCUAUUAAUGUUAAUAAUUCUAGAAAGGCACAUAUUAACACAGACAUAUCCGCAUGCAUAAAAAAUAUAUAAAAAAAAUGAGCAGAGGUUGGUUUGCCAUUUUUUCAGCAGGUUCGCUUCGGGAAAUAUAAGUUUGAACAUGAUGGCUUUCAAUAAAAUGGCUUUUGCCCUAAAAGUAUUUUCCCAUUUAAAUUAUUAUGUAAUGCAAAAUAUAAAUAUACUCCAACCGCCACUGUCUCUUUAAGUAAAAACUAUUUGCUAUCAAUUCAACUUGCUCAACGUGUAGGUUAAAUGUUGUGUCACUAUGACACGAUGAGUUCAGCUAACACACAUAGAAUGAAGGAAUGGUGACAUUCUCCCGGGACACACCUGCUGUAAGCGUUUCUUUACGGUCUUGUCUUCGUAAACGAUUCUGCUCCUCUAUAGUCUUCUUCACAUGAGCUUUGACUCUCUCGGCUCUUUGCGAUCUCUGUGUAAGAGAAAUAAGAUGAACCUUUUAAAGUUUGAACAGUUGUAGCAAUUGCCUCUCUGUCUAUAGAUAAAUAUGUCAAUGCUGAUGAUCUUAAUAUUAUAUAUAAAGUAAACUCUGAUAUUUGAAGUCCACAAUCAGAAAAAAAAUUGGCCAAUAAGUUAGGUCAUUAAACACAAACCGUACAAAAGGCGCACUCAGUCCCCAGGCAAUGCCAUUUCCAUACUAGCCCACAUAUGAGAAGCAAAUCCAAUUAAAUACAUUUAUAAAGUACUGACUUUGCCGACAAGAACAGAUCAAUAAGGCAAAUUAAGUGUAAUAGUCAAUUUGCAAACUCAAAGUAAAUACUGCUAGUCAUUGUAUAGAUCGUCCAGCACAUAUCAGAUUGGAUGUGAGCUAAGAUGGAUAGGGUACGACAUCUUCAAAUACUUUUUGCACCAUCCAAAAAAAAAAAAAGAAUUUGGGUAUAUAUCAUAAUGUAUCCCUACUGCGGCAAUUAUAUAAUUAGAGUUCUUAAUGCUGGGCACCAGCAUAGACAAGCAACCAAUAGAAAAUCCGGACUUAUUUAGCAAUGUGUGAAUUGGCAGGAUUCUAAGUGCAUUUCAAUUUUUGGGCAAUAAAAAGCCAAAUUGGUAAAAAUUCCCCAGGCGAGCUGUUUUCGGUUAGCAAUUGUGGUACAAAAUGUGAAAUUUACUUUGAAUUGCAAACGAUUCACAGUUUGGAGAAUAAAACUGAUAACCAUAAAUUGAAUUUGCUAAUCUGCUAGAAAUUUGGUUAACAUCACCUAUACGUAAAAUUUAACAAAAGUCAUGAUAUGGAAUAUUCCGUAUCACAUGUACAUUUUAAAGCUCAGUGAUCGCAACUUUUUCUAAACAGGAGCAGAAUGGAUUUGUGUCCAGUUCACAUUGAGAAUACGCCCAAUAACACAUUUUAUCAGAGAACGUCAUACUAGUUAUUAGAAAACCUUAUAUUUCACAGAACCUUAUGCUCACCUGCAAGCGAUUAAACGUUUUCUUGUAUUCUUUCUUCAACAAAGCAAGUUUUUCCUUUAGCUGUAGAAAGUUAGAAAAAUAGAAAAGAUUAGAAUUCACAAGUCUGUGUGUGAUUAUCAUUUCAAAAAUCGGAUUCAAAUCUUGAAAUUAGGUUUUCAAUUACCUACACUCAGUAAUUAGUGAAAGGCACCAAUAAUGUGAAAUUGGACUAAAAUCAAUAUACCGGUACACACAAAAUGGAAUUAUAAGGAGAGACAACAGAUACACUUUAAAAAAAUACCUCAUCGUAGUAUUUAUGAGAAGAUUGCAUUUGCAUACAUCUGUCAGGAAAUAUCAAUAUCCUACACUGCUAGCCAAACCUAAAAGCUUCAAGCCACUACAAGCCAGGAAGGCCCAUGGAAUCCUCAUCAGGGGAAUAUUUCUACUUCCAAGUCAAUACAUUUUAGAGCAGGCCUGUCCAACCUGCGGCCCCCCAGAUGUUGCUGAACUACAACUCCUAUGAUUCUUUCAAUGAAACAGAUAGCCAGGGAAUCAUGGGAGUUGUAGUUCAGCAACAUCUGGGGGGCGCAGGUUGGACAGCCCUGUUUUAGAGCAUCAUUUUUGUUUGAUGCAAAUACUCACCUUUACUUUUUCUUUUACAGUGAGGCAUUUAUCUUCAGAAUCUUCCAUGGCCAAAUUCUAUUAGCUAGUGUCAUACUGUAAGAGAGAAAAAGGAAACACACAGUUAAAGAUAUAUUCUCUGGAAAUGACUUAUCCAGGGGGGAGGUGUGCAGCCACAGGUGCAGCAGAACUACACCUCCCAUGCCAGCCAAAAGUUGUAGUUCUAGAACAGAUGGGAUUUUGGCCAUCCCUGCUCCAGGGUUUAUAAGAAGCAGCCAGUGCCUUUUCUUUGGUUUUCUUCUAAAAUUAGUUGUGGGAAUGGCAUAUAACGGCAGAUUAAACCCAUCUAAUGACAAUCCUGACCAUCUCCAAUCACUCUAUUGAUGUGUGGUUAAAGGACAAUUCUAGGUACACGCAGUGUUUUGUAUUCUUCUUACUGUCAUGCAGGCAGUGACCGCCCCUCUGUGUAAUUGUCACACCGCGCAUCACUCUGGACGCUGAGCCCAUUUGGCACUUUAUACAAAUGGGAGUUCACGUCAUUCCUGCAUCAAAAUUUCUACAACUCACUCCUCAUUCUUCGCGCAUUUUUUGGUGCACUGGAAUGUUUAUUACCAAUAGAAACUCACCCUGAUGCAGAGCUGGCUGAGCCAACGGGAGUAGAGGGGUAGUGUUUAUUAGAAAAUCAUUUUUUACCUAAAAAGCAAACGUCAAGCUUUAUUCGAAUUACUAAAUUCUAUUCGCAGAAUAUUCCCCAACUUUUGUAAAUAUUAUGGUAUUUAAACCGGUCUCCUCAGGACGCAGACGUCCUGUUAGUUCUGCUUAGCCCAAUGUUGUUCCUUGUUGUUUUUCCUUUAAAUGUGAUAUUGGAGGGGCGUGGCCAACUACCGAGGUGGACGGCCGCAUGGAGUAGGAGCUCCGGCGAAAAAAGACCCCAACAGCGUGACAAACCGCAGCAUAACGCCGCCAAAGUGCCCCCAGACGUAUUACCUACCUCACUGUGCAUGAUGGCACCGGCGAAGCAGACAAAACUCACGGACCCGGUCCGCAGCGCUAAAAAAGAUAAAGUGCGGCCUACGCAAGACGGCGAGGAGGGUCCGCAGGCCUCUCAAGGAGCUGAGCUACAAGAAGAACAGGAGGGCGAUAUAGGCCACUACACAGAUGCGCCCGUAACCGAAAAGAGAUUAUAUACCAUGCUCCAAGAAUUCAGAGUAUCGCUCCAGCAUGACUUCAAAAAAGUCACAAGCGAACUGAGGAAAGACAUCAAUGAUAUCGGUGAGCGUACCAACCGCCUUGAGGCCCGCUCCGACGCACUUAGCGCAGAACAAAAUGAUUUAGCAGAGACGGUGCAUCAGAUAACACUGGAACACCAACAAUUUAAGAGGAAAUUGGCUGAUAUGGAGGACAGAUCCCGCAGGAAAAACGUCCGAUUCAGGGGGAUCCCAGAAUCUGUCUCGCGGGACGCGCUUAUGGCCUACUUGUUGGGAAUCUGCAAGGCCAAACGUUGUGGACUCAGAGUGGCUCAUGGACAGGGCCCACCGUCUCCCGCGCCCACCGAGACUCGCUCAAGAUACGCCGAGAGACACGGUGGUACGCUUUCAUUAUUAUAGAGCAAAGGAGACUCUGCUCGCCGCGGCUCGGAAACUUCCCAAAUUACCUGACCCCUACGAAACAAUUCAACUGUACGCGGACCUGUCUGCACCAUGGCCCGCCGACGGGACUUCAUCACAGUAACAAAAACGUUGCGGAAUAACAAUAUACCCUACCGCUGGGGAUACCCCACGAAGGUGAUUGUGUGGAAAGGGGGGAAGAAUCACAUAGCAGAAGAACCCGAAGUGGGUAUGAGAUUACUGGCGGAAUGGGGCCUCUUCCCUUACAAGGAGCCUGAAGUACGCAGAGGAUCACCGCAGCGACGGCUGCAAGAGGACUGGCAAAUGGUGGGCUCACCUAGCAAAACCCGAAAGAACUGACGGCCCGAUUAGCCGCUCAAAGGCAAGGCCCAGAGCAACGCGCUGGGUGCCACAGGAAUAUCCUUUUACUUGUAUGGUUAAUAUUGCUCGUGUUAUAAUAGUGUUAUAGCUUUUGCGCACAGGCCCUGUUAAAAGUACCAUAGUGCCCAGAGAGAGGGGCUGGAUAGCCCUAGAGACUAUGAUAUAAUUCAGUGUAAAUAUUGGUGGUAUUUGAGGAUGAAGGCCUGUUUAGCCGCCAAAUUGGAAAGACUAAAAGAUCAACGAACUGUGUGAAACAGGAAUAUCCUUUUCUUUAUAUGGUUAAUAUUGUUCAUGUUCAAAUGUUGUCACAGAGCUUGCGCGAAGGCCCAGUUAAAUGUACCAUAGGGCCCGGGGGGACGGGCUGGAUGGCUCCAGAGACUAUGAUCACAAUACCCUGUAAAUGUUGAUGGUAUAUGAGGAGGGCAGAAUGCUAGAGAGACAGGGUAUAGCUCAGACCGUAUACCACACCCGCGAAUGUAGGACAGCACCCCUGGAAACUGGCAGUCCCCGGGUACGAAUGCCCCCAUCAGCGCACGACCAAGCGCGCACUCUACAGAGGGAUAGGUUGAGAUUGGGGCUCAUAGGAUGCAUGGCCACUUCGGCAUUAUGCCCCCCCCCCCCCGUCUUAAUAUGGUACUCCUGUCAAUGUCCCAACCGGAACCUGACAAUUAGGUGCCAGGUGAGCACUACUAGGACUGCAGCACCGAAGCAACUGGUUUCCCAGGCAGGGUGGGGAAUCUCACUAGAGCAAGCAGUGGCAAACAGGAGGGAACAGCAGGCGGGGGGGCCGUGGGGAUGGAGGGCCACACAAUGACAAAGCUGAGCUAUAGUGGAAAGCCUCACAUCACUAAGGAGCUCGAACAAUGCAACAAAUGAUGAGGUUUAAAACAUCUGCUGUCCCAUUUGUAUUACGCAUGUGCAGGGACCGUUACACAGAAGGGGCACGCAGGGGAGCAUCGUGCACCACGACACGACCAGAGUAACAAACGCUGACCCCAUGACGGAAAUGAGGCACGGGUAUACGCGGCCCCUAUCCGGUGACGGGACAAUAGGGUGCGGUCAUGCAGGAGGUAGCCACAUAAGUAUAGCUCCUAAAGGCGGGAUUGCACUGGCGGGCAAACAGGGAAGGUAGAGGGUCUACUCGUCACUCCUCACCAUACAACCCCCCCAAGACUGAUCGUGAUGAGGGGACAAAUUGACCUGCUCACACCUCAGUCGAGGAUAACGCCUAGGGAGGUGUUAAAAAACUGUAAAUACUUAUUUUUCUCCUUACACUCUUCUCUAAAACCCUUCACCUAUCGGUUCACUAGUGAUGCCACUUACUUCAUCAACCCACACCAGGGCAGCUACUCAUUUAGCGUUAGCCCAACAACAGACAAUGGGUGACUCACUCAAGCUACUUUCGCUGAAUGUAAAAGGCCUUAACAGCCCCCACAAACGUAGGAUGACUGCUUGCGAAAUUUUAAAAACACAAGCGGCAAUAGUCUGCUUACAGGAGACACACUUUCGCAAACGUACUCCACCCAAAUUCCAGAUAAAGCACUAUACCCAGGAAUUUCAUGCCAUGGCCAACACAAAAUCCAAGGGAGUAUCGAUUUACUUCCACAGAGACUGGGCAUUCUCCCUCACCAAACAAUACACAGGCAAAGAUGGGAGGCUACUGAUACUAGUGGGGUCCCUAAACGGCCUCCAGAUAACGGUGGCAUCUCUGUAUGCCCCGAAUGACUCUCAGAAAUCCUUCCUGACCACGGCCUUCCGGAAAAUAGAUCGGUACAAGCAGGGCCACACACUGAUCUGUGGAGACUUUAAUUGCUCACCAGACCCGCACAUGGACAUGUGUAGAACGAACUAUAAAACACCAAAGAGCAGAUCGAUCUCCCUGGGAACCCACCUUUCCAGCCUACUACACACUCAUGACUAUUAUGACGUGUGGCGCAAUCUAUACCCCACAGAUAGGGAUUACACAUUCUAUUCACAACCUCACAUGACAUAUUCCAGAAUAGACCUGUGUCUUUUUGACAAACGCACCAUAUCACAUGCGCUUAAAGCGCAGAUUGGGCCCAUCACCUGGUCAGACCACGCACCCAUGAUAAUCACAAUGAAAACACCCCACCCCGCUAGAGGAAGAGGCACAUGGAAACUAAAUGAGGCAUUAUUGGACACCCCCAAGCACCUCAAGGCCCUUGUCACCCAUCUAAACCACUACUUCUCAGAUCAUGAACACUGCACGACACCACUGACGACCCAAUGGGAAGCGCACAAAGCGGUCAUGCGCGGACACCUUGUGCAAAUUGGCUCCCUAACAAAGAAACAUCAUCAAAACGCACAGCUGGGCAUGGAGCGGGAAAUUUCCACGCUUGAAACCCAACACAAAGCCAACCCAACUAAACGUACUCAUAAACAACUAACGUCCCUAAGAGCAAAAUUAGAAGCAGAACAGCUAAAAAUAACUGAGAGGCACAUGCGCUACCUUAAGCAAACUUACUACAUGACAGGGAACAAAGCGGGCAAACGCUUAGCUAACAAACUAAAACAGAAAUAUAUACAAUCCAAAAUACCAUACCUCACCUCCUCACUAGGGACGAAACUUUACCAUCCCCAAGACAUAGUAAAUGAACUCGCGCACUACUACGAAAACCUAUACCAACUGGGUAGGGACCCGGGGACACAUCAACCCACCAGGGUGGAAAUUGAGCAAUUCAUAGCGCAAGCAACCCUCCCCCGUCUGUCACCAGCCCAAGCGGAAUCACUCAAACAACCGUUCACUGAGGAAGAAGUAGAAUUGGCGAUACGUACGCUCCCUAAGCAUAAAGCACCCGGCCCAGACGGCCUGUCCAAUUACUACUACAUAAAGCUAGCGCCACAACUUACUCCCCACCUAACAACGCUAUUUAAUUCCAUAAAAAACUCAGGCGACAUACCACGGGACAUGUUGGGAGCAUACAUUGUUACCCUACCCAAACCCAACAAAACACCCACGAUGUGCGCCAAUUUACGGCCAAUCUCCCUCCUCAAUGCGGAUGUAAAACUGUACGCAAAACUAGUGGCGGCGAGGCUUCGGCCCCUGUUGUCAACACUAAUCUCCGCGGAGCAGGCAGGAUUUGUACCUGGAAGACAGGUGGGGGAUAACACCAGACAAUUUCUAAAUAUCAUAGAUUGGGCCAACCAGUCCUCCCAAAAGGGGCUGCUCCUCGCCUUAGAUGCAGAAAAGGCAUUUGACCGCCUGCACUGGGGCUACAUGGAGAGUACCCUAGCGGCCAUGAAUAUCCCCCCCGAGUUCAUCCGUAGCAUAUUGUCGCUCUACCACCGACCCUUUGCUAAAGUCUUCAAUACAGGCUUCCUUUCGAACCCCUUCGACAUCCUCAACGGCACACGCCAAGGCUGCCCAUUAUCCCCGCUCAUAUUCAUACUGUGCCUAGAGCCAUUAGUACGACUGAUUAAGCAGAAUGAGCAUAUCAAAGGGUUGAACACACCAGGGGGUACAAAGAAGCUAGCGCUCUUUGCAGAUGAUAUACUUCUCUUUCUUACAGAACCAGACACCUCCAUCCCGGAGUUACUGACACUCCUAGGGAGAUAUGGUCAAACAUCUUACUAUAAAAAUAACAUCACCAAAACCCAGGCUCUUCCCAUAAAUCUUCCACAAAAGGAGGUGUCCGAGCUAAUAAAACAGCAUCAGUUUGAUUGGCGACGGGAUAACCUGACCUACCUAGGAAUAAAAUUAACCAAAUCCCUCCAAACAAUCCAGAAAGAGAACCACUACCCCGUGCUGCACAAGAUAAAAGGGACAUUAGAGAAAUGGGCUGACCUAGAGGUGUCCUGGCUGGGGCGCAUCAAUACGCUCAAAAUGAUGGUACUGCCCUUGAUCAUAUACUUAUUCCGCACACUCCCCAUAGCGCUGCCAAACAAACUAAUAACCAUGUUCCAAUCUACGAUAAACGGGCACAUCUGGAAGAGGAAACCACCUUGAGUGGCGCAAAAUAGCAUGGGACUUCCCUAUGACAGAGGAGGAUUGGGCCUCCCCAUCAUAAGGGGUUAUUAUAGGGCUACAACAUUAGCCCAAAGCAUCCGAUUAUUACAACCAAAAAAUGCCGGCUUUCAACCAUUGUGGCUAGAAUUAGAAAACGCCUGCCUGCAGCCAUAUGACCUGACCCACUCUCUGUGGACACAUUCUUAUCCCCUGCCAACAACUAAACCCAAGCUACGUUGCACUGAAUUCCAAAUACGGUCCUGGGUGUCCUGGGGUAAACACAUAGUGGGAACAGCAACAUUACUUAGAUCCGCACCAGUGGAAACGCUGGGGGCGCUAUCAACCGACCUGUCACUGAAAACGUGGGCUGACAAAGGUAUAGCCCGGGUGGGAGAUCUAUGCGAAGGCUCAGAAAUCAUACCGUUCCCCACGCUUCAACAGAAAUACUCAUUAAGCACGAGGGACAUGUUCUUAUACCUAAGAGUGAAAAGCGUCCUUCUCACGGCAUUAAAUAGGGGGCUGGACCCGAAUCCCCAGGGGGCACUACAACCGCAACAAAUACUAUCACACACGUGCACGAAGCCCUUAGCCCUUAGCCCUAUGCUACGGCACCAUCCUCCAAGGCCCUACUGCAGGGAAACUCUCCUAUAUGACCAAAUGGGAGGAGGAACUGGGAACCUCGAUUCCUUUAGCACAAUGGCACGAGGCGCUGCGCAACACUAAACGCGCAUCGAGCAGCCUGUCGCUGUGGGAAGCAUAUUGUAAAAUAAUGAUGCGUUGGUACUUAGUACCGCACAGGCUGUCGCGCAUCUACGCGGAUGCACCUGCGAACUGCUGGAGAUGUGAGGAAAGUAGAGGUACGAUGCUACAUGUAUUCUGGGAUUGCCCUGCCCUGGGGAGUACUGGGAUAAAGUGGGCACACUGAUACAUACCAUAACACACUGCACAAUCCCCAAAGAUGCAAAAGGAUACCUUCUACACAUAGCCCCUGAUUUAGCGCACCACGCAAAUCGAACAGUGGCACUAAAUAUCCUUACCGUGGCAAAAAUCAAUAUAGCCUCCCAUUGGAAAACUAAGAAUGUAUCAACAAUGGAAAAUAUAUGCCAAAGAAUAGACACGAUCUGCUCUUACGAACGAAUGGCAGGCAGGGUACAGGGUAAUGAACACAGAAGGGAGCGGGAGUGGGAAUGCUGGUCCUCAAGGGAAGGAGAAUGAGACAUAAGAUAAGAUGACUCUAGGAACAAUCGUAGCGGCACGACUGAGCAGGACAUCCUAACAGUAUGUAACACACUUGCUGGCAGUUGACGACAAGGUCUUUAAAAAAGUAGCGAAGUCGAGGAGAUUAUGCAACAUAGCCGCAGACUAGCAGGGAGCAAAACCCCUGAGCAGGGAGCAAGCUGAUAGAAACGCAAAUAGCAAAGCUAUAAAAGCUGUAUAAUUUGACGACUGCGUAUGGCAAUAGCAACGUGCUUAAAACACUGUUGGUACGCAGAGUCCAAUGAAGGUUAUUACAAACUCGACCAUGAACAUAAAUUUUAUAACCCCAACGUUAUCUUACAACCUCAACGUUAUGGAAUGUAUGCGCUCUGUAUAUGUGCUAUGCGCUCUGUAAAUGUAUAUGCAUCACAGUGAACUGUACCCCCCCCUCUCAUUAUGAUUUCCCCCACCUCCUUUUUUUUUUUCUGUAUCCACACUACCGUUUAAUUGUCAUGAUGUAUAAAAACAAUAAAAAACAGAUAUUUGAAAAAAUAAAUAAAUGUGGUAUUGGCUUGUUUAUCUUUGACUUAAUGCUAGUUGUAUUGUUUUUUUUCUGAUUUUCUUUACUCCUUGUCCUUGGCUCGUGUAUGUCACCAUUCUCUUGUUAUCUACUAAAGGCUCCCUUUGAGGCCCGGCCACUCUAAGGAUUGGUAAUGUGGACUAUCCUGCUAUGCUAUCGUUUGAUUUUUGGGUCUCUGAUAGCCAUGAUUCUUUCCUUUUUGUACACAUAAUGAUGUAAUUAAUAGUGUCUUUAAGUGAGUUGUAGUUCAGCUUUUAGCUUUCAACAGUACGUAGUUGUCAUAUUCAACUACAUCUCCUCGAUACUUCUACUAGCCUAUAAAGCACUAUUUAGGUGAACAUUAGGCUUGUCUGUCUCACUUGCUUGCUUGAUGACACCUCUUUGCAGAGGCUGCAAGGCCUUAAGGUUUGCAGCAAAUAUUGGAAGUAUAAAUGUGAGUAUCUUUUAUAUUAUUAUUUUUAAUGUAUGGUUUGUGCAUAUAUAAUUUUAAAGGGUUAUCUAUGCAAUGCAUUAAAAAUGGUGGCUUGACUCAAGCCUAUGAGAGUCUCUUUGAAAAAGCUCUAUAAUAACCCAACAAUAUUAAGAUUUUGUAUUUUCUUAACUAAUAUAUGGUCUUUGAUACCAGAUGCUUCUCAAUGGCUUCAUUUCAUUGAUAUCCACAAUACAACUCUCCCCUGACCAACAUAUCAAAUCGUCUUCCCUUCCACCUUUCAAGAUGUCCACUAAGGAUCAGCUCUUGGGGUUUCAUUAUAUCCCUCUUCAAAGCUUCUUUUGGCAUCCUUAAAACAUCAAAUGGUUUCCUAACUUUUUUUUUACAACUGACUUCUCCUUUUCUACACCUCCUGGUUGUCCUACUGAUACCCCCCUACAUCCCCUACUAAGCAAGCACACAUGUUCUCCUCUGUUAUAAUAUAUCCCUCAGUUUGGUCACCUUCCCUUCUAAAUGAUAACUUAGUCUGUCCAUUUCUCAGGCGUUAUAUUAGAAUAUUAUGAGGCAGCGGAUUUGAGUUUUCUGUCUUGACUAGGGUCAAAUUUUUUUUAUAUGCCUUACCGAGACACCAACUGACUCCAGUCAAACCUAUGCUAGACAUAUUAUACAUACUGAAUGACACAAUACUAUAUUUACUUAUAUACAUAUUGAAUCACAGCAAACUUUAUGUAUUAUACAUUAUAUAUAUGUGAUAUAUAUAUAUAUAUAUAUAUAUAUAUAUAUAAUGUGCUAUAUGUGAACAGUUGACAUAAGACAUGACACAUUGUUUAAUAUAUUAUACAUACUAGACCAUUGCUUAUUAUAUAUUAUUCACUAUUUCCCCGGAUAUAUCCAUAGCAGCACUACGUAUGGGUAUAGCUCCUCCCCUUCUCAAUUGGACAGGAACACCUCCUAAAUAAAAGAGACUCCCCCCUAUACUCAGUCUUUUUUUCCUGUCCACUUCUCAGGGACAGUGGAGGUUGCAUCUCCUAAAAUUUUUCUUUUGUGACUUAUUCAGGUCUAAUUGUACCCCUGGACCAUGGGGAGUUCAGCCUCUCUCCCCAUGGAAGCCUUAGGACACGGUGCCUCACCAAGGGCGAACCCCUGGAGGAUUCUCCCCCUUAGCGACCGGGUAGCUAUGCUGCAGUAACCCUAUAGGUAGCAGCUGGUUGUGCCAGACCCAGGGAGGUGGUAAUUCCCACAGAAGGGUUAACCUACUUGCUGCAAAAAAUGUGGGCUUCUUGGCUUUCCCAAUAAAGAUGGCCUGCCCUAUCCUCAGGUUGUAAGUGGCAGUGGAUCAAGAACUUACCUGACCAGGGGGGGCUCCUGUUUCCUUGUGGCUGAUCCAUUCGGUCAUGGAACGCACGCCGAUAUUGCUAGCACUUCCGGUUUCGGCACUUCCGUUUUUUCUGCCUAUCUUUUCCCUCUCUCCAGCAGUGGAACGCACGUGAAACGCACACCAGAGGAAGGCCAGCAGCAGAGGUAUUUACUUCCUGGUUCGGCAUCCUAUAUUUAAAAGGUAAGCACUUCUAUUCUGUCAGUAUGCUGUUUGAUGUAUCUCUGCAUAACUGGAUUAAACUUCUGUCUUCUGGCUACAGGUAAGUGACAUUUCUUGUCCUUUUAUUAUAAUUUCUCUAUUCCACCAGUCCUUUUUCAAGGCAAUAAUUGGUUGCUGGAAAUUCUAAUUUCUUUCUAUCUGCCCAUACUAUGGAUUCCCCCGGUAAGGCUUCGAGAAAUAGGUCGCAAUCUAGAGGUUCUGAGCAAGUCACUACAAAAAUUUUAAAGAGACAAUACUAAUAAAAAAAAUUUUUUUUUUUUAAAAAGAGUGCAUUUCAGACUUCUGACUGGAGGAUUUUCAGUUCUGCCCACAGAUCCUCAUACAAGAAAAAGAAAGAUAAGACCCCAUUAUGUGAAGCUUGUCACGACAAGGUGCUUCCUGGGAAAAGGCUCUGCUUAGCUUGUCUUAAAGCAAAGGCAGGCCAUACUGAACCAGAUCCAGAUAUUCUUUCUUACUUCCAUCAAGCAGUUUCGGAGGGUCUUCGACAGUCUGAGAGGGCUAAGAAAAGAUGUAGAUCUUUUAGCCCAGAGCAAUAUGCUGACUUAAGCUCUGACAAAUAUGUACCCCCGGUAUUUGAGCAAGACGAGUUGUCAUCUCAAGAUGAAGAAUAUGGGGCCUCUCCUGUCUUUAUAGACAGUGUGAAAAUAGAAGCUUUAAUCAAGGCAGUUCGUGAUACCUUGGAGCUUAAUGAUAAGAGAGUGGACGAACCAGCUUCUAGUAAGCAUUUUGCUGACCUGAGAAGGCGCAAUCCUACUUUCCCAUUGCAUGAGACCAUUGAGGACCUCAUUAAGCAAGCAAUGGAAGAAGGCUGAAAAAAGAAUCACUAUUCAGGGUCAUUUUUCUAAACUAUACCAUUUUAAGGCUACGGACAGUAACUAUUGGGACCUCGCCCCCAAAGUAGAUGCAGCAAUUGUCCGACUAGCCAAAAAGACCACCCUCCCAUUGGAUGAUGCCGGUACUUUAAAAGAUCCAAUGGAUAAACGUAUGGACUCAAAUUUGUCCAAAGCAUAUUUAGCCUCUGGCUCUGGGCUUCGUCCUGCUGUAGCCUUGACAUCUGUCUCUAGAGCCUUGAAGCAGUGGAUGGAUGACCUCGAAGAGGACAUAUCAAGUGGAGUCAGUAGAUCCAGGCUGCUGGAAUCCUUAAGGAAAGUUAAGCUGGCUAUUGAUUUUUCAUCAGAAGCUUCUAUAGAUUUGGUUAAAACCAUCUCCAGAAGCAUGGUCCUUACUGUAGCAUCAAGACGUACUCUUUGGCUACGUAAUUGGGUGGCAGAUAAUUCUUCAAAAAAUAGCCUGUGUUCCCUCCCCUUUCAAGGAGAGAUGCUCUUUGGCAAAUAUCUGGAUAAAUGUAUCAAAAAGGCAGUAGAAGGACGUAAGGCCUUUCUUCCUCAAGAUAGAUGUCCUAAAAGAUCCUUUCCGCAGGACAGACGUUCCUUUCGGGACAAGGAUUUUAGACAAUACAGACCUGGUAGAGAGUUUUCCAGAUUCCAAUCCUAGAAAAGUGGACUUUCCUCUUCCAAAACCACCCGAGGACGUGGUGGCAAUGGCAAGCCUUCAAAGCAAUUCUGAUGGGACGCCAGUCCAGCCCUUGGGAGUGGGAGCAAGACUUCUUCACUUCUACGAGGUCUGGGCUCCAGCAAUACAGGACAAGUUGGUUUUAAAGACCCUAAAAUCUGGCUACUACCUGGAAUUCUCGACAAACCCUUAUCGCCGGUUCAUGUCUACAAGCAUGCCUAUGGAAACAGAAAAAGCAGUGGCUAUUCGUUCUUUUGUUUCUUCCUUUUCAGCAGAGGGAGUUAUAUGUCCUGUUCCUGCAAAAGUAAGAGGAUUGGGGGUUUAUUCCAGACUUUUUCUCACUCCGAAAGCAUCAGGGGAGUGGAGACCAAUUUUGGACCUUCACAAAUUAAACGAAAAUCUGUAUGUGAGAAAAUUCAAGAUGGAAUCAGUAAGUUCCAUUAUAAAAGUCAUCUCCCCAGGCAACUGGUUAAUCUCCAUAGACCUUUGAGAUGCUUACUUUCACGUUCCUAUUGCUCCACCACACCAGAAGUUCCUGAGAUUUGCGAUUCGCCAUCAGCAUUUUCAGUUUCGAGCCCUUCCCUUUGGCCUGAGCACAGCUCCCAAGAUCCUGGUUGCCUUAAUAGCAUAUAUCCAUCUGGAAGGCAUCUCAGUAUUCCAUUAUCUCGACAACACCUUGAUUCUCUCACACAGCAGAGAUAUUCUCCUUCUUCAUCAAGAUCGGGUUCUUUUAAUUCUUCAAAAAUUUGGAUGGUUGGUAAACCUCAAGAAGAGUCAGCUUUCCCCCUCUCAAGUUAUGAUAUACUUAGAGGCAAGAUACGACACAAUCCAGUCACAAGUCUCCCUAUUCUUGGACAGGGGGCUUCGUAUUCAAAGAUCCUUUGUCUUCUGCCUCUGAACUCCAUCCCGGCCCGGGAAUUUAUGAGCCUUCUGGGAAGUUUGUCCUCUACAAUAGGCCUUACGAGAUGGGCCCAGUGGCAUAUGAGGAUUCCACAAGAAGGGUUUCUAUCCCAGUUUGAGAACAAGGAUCUGAAUCAAGCAAUCUCUUUAUCAUCAGAGAUCAAGAAGGAACUGGCAUGGUGGCUGAUGAACGAGAAUCUAUAUCAAGGGUAUCCUCUGAAUGAUAUCCCUUGUGUUACUCUCACGACGGAUGCAUGCCAAUCAGGUUGGGGAGCUCAUUUGGGCCUUCUUCAUGUUCAGGGGCAGUGGGAAAACAAACAGUAUCCUCUAUCCUCGAAUGUUUUAGAGUUGCAAGCAGUCUUCCAGGCUCUUCUGCACUUUCCUUGUCUGAAACAAAGUUGGGUGAGAGUAAGGAUAGACAAUACCUCUGCAGUUGCUUACAAUCAUCAGGGGGUACAAAGAGCAAACGCUUAAUGAAAGUGUUGACCCCACGUAUGUCCUGGUCAGAGAAUUAUUUGAAGGGGAUCAAGGCAGUUUACCUUCCGGGAAAGAACAAUCAAGUGGCGGAUUUCUUAAGCCGAGUAACCCUGGAUCCCACAGAAUGGGAGUUAGCCCCUCUGGCAUUCCAACGCAUAGUCCAGAAUUGGGGAUUUCCUCAGGUAGAUCUGAUGGCCACAGCGAAGAAUCGCAAGGUGGGAAGGUUCUUCUCGCGUUACUUCAACCCUUUGGCGGAACACCAGGAUGCUCUCUGUUGCGAGUGGAAGUUCCAUCUGGGGUAUGUUUUCCCCCAACACCUCUGAUUUUCACCCUGCUAAGAAGGAUCCUGCAGGAGCAAGCGACAAUUCUCGCAGUGAUUCCCUUCUGGCCCAGGCGGCCUUGGUUUCCCCUGCUGCAGAAACUCUCUCUGGACAUUUCUCUGAAAUUCCCAGAUCAACUCAGUCUCCUACAACGAGGUCCGAUCUCUCACCCAUCUCCUCAGUCUCUCAAUUUAAGGGCUUGGAAAUUGAGAAGCAACGUCUCUCCAGCAAAGGCUUCUCUUCUUCAGUAAUUUAUACUCUUCUGAAUGCCAGGAAGAAAUCCACUUCUUCAGCUUACUAUCGUAUUUGGGAAAUCUUCUGUAGCUGGUGUUUGGCACGUAAUAUUUCUCCUUUGUCUCCCAGUAUCCGUGACAUCCUUCACUUUUUACAGGACAGAUUUGACAAGGGUUUGAGUUUCAGCUCCCUAAAAGUGCAUACUUCAGCGAUCUAUGCUCUGUUAGAUCGGAAAUUGGCAUUUGAUCCAGAUAUUGCUAGAUUUUUUUCAAGCCAUUCUCAAGCUUCGCCCUCCAGUACGGUCUUGCUCCCCUCCUUGGGAUUUACCUCUGGUUUUACAGGCCUUAUCUGAUUCUCCGUUUGAGCCCUUGGAGAGUGUUUCUAUACUUACUCUUACGUUGAAAACCGUUCUGUUGGUUGCCUUUAUUGCCUUGACCUCAGGUAGAAGAAUCUCCAAGCUAAGCGCUCUCUCCUGUGAGUCUCCCUUUUUGAUUCUUCAGAAAGACAGAGUGAUCCUUCGUAUGAUUCCAGCUUUCAGACCCAAGGUGGUUUCUGCUUUCCAUAUGAAUCAGGGCAUCAUUUUGCCAGCCUUUUUCCCUCAUCGGAAGAAGAAGAGAAAUGGCAUUGUUUGGAUCUGGUUCACUGUUUAUCUACAUACCUGAACCGUGCUUCAGACAUAAGGAAGAUAUCUAGACUGUUUAUUAUUCCUUCAGGUUACAAGAAGGGUCAAGCCGCUUCUUCAUCUCAUAUUGGCUGAUGGAUCAUCUCAGCCAUUGGUCAGGCCUACUCAGCCUCCGGAGUUCCUGUCCCUCAAGUCCUUAGAGUUCAUUCUACUGGAUCCUUGGUCGCUUCUUGGGCAACUGCAGCCAACAUUUCUGCGGAUCGCAUUUGUUUGGCAGCAACAUGGUCCUCCAACACGUUUAUCAAUCACUAUCAGUUGGAUGUAGUGCGUUCAUCUACCACAGAAUUUGGUAGAAGUGUCCUCUCUGCUGCCUUAUAGUUUAUGGAUCAAUAAACCGUAUUUGCAUGGAUUUAUGCGUUGUGGUUAUUAUUCUCCAUCCCUUACUCCUUUCAGCUUGGGUAUAACCCAUAUGUAGUGUUGCCAUGGAUAUAUCCGGGGAAAACAGAAAAUUUAUGCCAUACUUACCGAUAUUUUCUUUUCCCGGAUAUAUGCCAUGGCAGCACUGCGAUCCCACUCUCUUCUGAAAUCAUGUGUUGUUUCGUGGCUUUAAACUAAGACUGAAGGGCUAUAGGGGGGAGUCUCUUACUUAGGAGGUGUUCCUGUCCAAAUGAGAAGGGGAGGAGCUAUACCCAUACGUAGUGCUGUCAUGGCAUAUAUCUGGGAAAAGAAAAUAUCGGUAAGUAUGGCAUAAAUUUUCUGUUAUAUAUUAUAAAUAAGUGCGCCUGGCGCUUCAAAUAACUGUGCAAUUAAAAAUGUGUAGUGAUCACAACCAAUACAAAAGUGCUUCCCCAACACUUAACACAAUAAGAUGCAAAAUAAAAUAUACAGUAUACUAGUUGUGAAUCCUUAUGUAAAAGAUAAAAAUAUUUUAAUAACAACAACAAAUGGAAUAAUCUUGAUGUCACAUACAUUAUAUAUUAUAUAUACUAUGUAUUGACAUUACACAUUGUAUAUUAUUAUAUAUUAUAUAUACUAUGUAUUGACAUUACACAUUGUAUAUUAUUAUAUAUACUAUGUAUUGACAUUACACAUUGUAUAUUAUAUAUUAUAUUAUAUAUACCAUGUAUUGACAUUACACAUUGUAUAUUAUAUAUUAUAUAUACCAUGUAUUGACAUUACACAUGGUAUAUUAUAUAUACUAUGUAUUGACAUUACACAUUGUAUACUAUUAUAUAUACUAUGUAUUGACAUUACACAUUGUAUAUUAUUAUAUAUUAUAUUAUAUAUACUAUGUAUUGACAUUACACAUUGUAUAUUAUUAUUAUGUAUACUAUGUAUUGACAUUACACAUUGUAUAUUAUAUAUUAUAUUAUAUAUACUAUGUAUUGACAUUACACAUUGUAUAUUGUAUAUUAUAUAUUAUAUUAUAUAUACCAUGUAUUGACAUUACACAUUGUAUAUUAUAUAUUAUAUAUACCAUGUAUUGACAUUACACAUGGUAUAUUAUUAUUAUAUAUACUAUGUAUUGACAUUACACAUUGUAUAUUAUUAUUAUAUAUUAUAUUAUAUAUACUAUGUAUUGACAUUACACAUUGUAUAUUAUUAUUAUGUAUUAUAUUAUAUAUACUAUGUAUUGACAUUACACAUUGUAUAUUAUUAUUAUAUAUACUAUGUAUUGACAUUACACAUUGUAUAUUAUUAUAUUAUAUUAUCUAUACUAUGUAUUGACAAUACACAUUGUAUAUUAUUAUAUAUUAUAUUAUAUAUACUAUAUAUUGACAUUACACAUUGUAUAUUAUUAUAUUAUAUAUACUAUGUAUUGACAUUACACGUUGUAUAUUAUUAUUAUAUUAUAUUAUAUAUAUUAUGUAUUGACAUUACACAUUGUAUAUUAUUAUAUAUUAUAUUAUAUAUACUAUGUAUUGACAUUACACAUUGUAUAUUAUUAUAUAUACUAUGUAUUGACAUUACACACUGUAUAUUAUUAUUAUAUUAUAUUAUAUAUACUAUGUAUUGACAUUACACACUGUAUAUUAUUAUUAUAUUAUAUUAUAUUAUAUAUAUACUAUGUAUUGACAUUACACACUGUAUAUUAUAUUAUAUAUACUAUGUACUGACAUUACACACUGUAUAUUAUUAUAUUAUAUAUACUAUGUAUUGACAUUACACAUUGUAUAUUAUUAUAUUAUAUAAUAUAUACUAUGUAUUGACAUUACACAUUGUAUAUUAUUAUAUUAUAUUAUAUUAUAUAUACUAUGUAUUGACAUUACACAUUGUAUAUUAUUAUAUUAUAUAUACUAUGUAUUGACAUUACACAUUGUAUAUUAUUAUAUAUUAUAUUAUAUAUACUAUGUAUUGACAUUACACAUUGUAUAUUAUUAUUAUAUAUUAUAUUAUAUAUACUAUGGAUUGACAUUACACAUUGUAUAUUAUUAUUAUAUAUUAUAUUAUAUAUACUAUGUAUUGACAUUACACAUUGUAUAUUAUUAUAUAUUAUAUUAUAUAUACUAUGUAUUGACAUUACACAUUGUAUAUUAUUAUUAUAUAUUAUAUUAUAUAUACUAUGUAUUGACAUUACACGUAUAUUAUUAUUAUAUAUUAUAUUAUAUAUACUAUGUAUUGACAUUACACAUUGUAUAUUAUUAUUAUUAUAUAUUAUAUAUACUAUGUAUUGACAUUACACAUUGUAUAUUAUUAUUAUUAUAUAUUAUAUAUACUAUGUAUUGACAUUACACAUUGUAUAUUAUUAUUAUAUUAUAUAUACUAUGUAUUGACAUUACACAUUGUAUAUUAUAUAUAUGCUAUGUAUUGACAUUACACAUUGUAUAUUAUUAUUAUAUUAUAUGUACUAUGUAUUGACAUUACACAUUAUAUAUUAUAUUAUAUUAUAUAUACUAUGUAUUGACAUUACACAUUGUAUAUUAUUAUUAUAUUAUAUUAUAUUAUAUAUACUAUGUAAUGACAUUACACAUUGUAUAUUAUUAUAUAUUAUAUUAUAUAAACUAUGUAUUGACAUUACACAUUGUAUAUUAUUAUUAUAUAUUAUAUUAUAUUAUAUAUACUAUGUAUUGACAUUACACAUUGUAUAUUAUUAUAUAUUAUAUUAUAUAUACUAUGUAUUGACAUUACACAUUGUAUAUUAUUAUAUUAUAUAUACUAUGUAUUGACAUUACACAUUGUAUAUUAUUAUAUAUUAUAUUAUAUAUACUAUGUAUUGACAUUACACAUUGUAUAUUAUUAUUAUUAUAUAUUAUAUAUACUAUGUAUUGACAUUACACAUUGUAUAUUAUUAUAUUAUAUAUACUAUGUAUUGACAUUACACAUUGUAUAUUAUAUAUAUACUAUGUAUUGACAUUACACAUUGUAUAUUAUUAUUAUAUUAUAUGUACUAUGUAUUGACAUUACACAUUGUAUAUUAUAUUAUAUUAUAUAUACUAUGUAUUGACAUUACACAUUGUAUAUUAUUAUAUUAUAUUAUAUUAUAUAUACUAUGUAUUGACAUUACACAUUGUAUAUUAUUAUAUAUUAUAUUAUAUUAUAUAUACUAUGUAUUGACAUUACACAUUGUAUAUUAUUAUUAUAUUAUAUUAUAUUAUAUAUACUAUGUAUUGACAUUACACAUUGUAUAUUAUUAUAUAUUAUAUUAUAUUAUAUAUACUAUGUAAUGACAUUACACAUUGUAUAUUAUUAUAUAUUAUAUAAACUAUGUAUUGACAUUACACAUUGUAUAUUAUUAUUAUAUAUUAUAUUAUAUUAUAUAUACUAUGUAUUGACAUUACACAUUGUAUAUUAUUAUAUAUUAUAUUAUAUAUACUAUGUAUUGACAUUACACAUUGUAUAUUAUUAUAUAUUAUAUUAUAUAUACUAUGUAUUGACAUUACACACUGUAUAUUAUUAUAUUAUAUAUACUAUGUAUUGACAUUACACAUUGUAUAUUAUUAUAUUAUAUAAUAUAUACUAUGUAUUGACAUUACACAUUGUAUAUUAUUAUAUUAUAUUAUAUUAUAUAUACUAUGUAUUGACAUUACACAUUGUAUAUUAUUAUAUUAUAUAUACUAUGUAUUGACAUUACACAUUGUAUAUUAUUAUAUAUUAUAUUAUAUAUACUAUGUAUUGACAUUACACAUUGUAUAUUAUUAUAUUAUAUAUACUAUGUAUUGACAUUACACAUUGUAUAUUAUUAUAUAUUAUAUAUACUAUGUAUUGACAUUACACAUUGUAUAUAUUAUUAUUAUAUUAUAUUAUAUAUACUAUGUAUUGACAUUACACAUUGUAUAUUAUUAUUAUAUUAUAUAUACUAUGUAUUGACAUUACACAUGUAUAUUAUUAUUAUAUUAUAUAUACUAUGUAUUGACAUUACACAUUGUAUAUUAUUAUUAUAUUAUAUUAUAUUAUAUAUACUAUGUAUUGACAUUACACAUUGUAUAUUAUUAUAUAUUAUAUUAUAUAUACUAUGUAUUGACAUUACACAUUGUAUAUUAUUAUUAUAUAUUAUAUAUACUAUGUAUUGACAUUACACAUUGUAUAUUAUUAUAUAUUAUAUUAUAUAUACUAUGUAUUGACAUUACACAUUGUAUAUUAUUAUUAUAUAUUAUAUUAUAUAUACUAUGUAUUGACAUUACACAUUGUAUAUUAUUAUAUAUUAUAUAUACUAUGUAUUGACAUUACACAUUGUAUAUUAUUAUAUAUUAUAUAUACUAUGUAUUGACAUUACACACUGUAUAUUAUUAUAUAUUAUAUUAUAUAUACCAUGUAUUGACAUUACACACUGUAUAUUAUUAUAUAUUAUAUUAUAUAUACUAUGUAUUGACAUUACACAUUGUAUAUUAUUAUAUAUUAUAUUAUAUAUACUAUGUAUUGACAUUACACAUUGCUGCUCAGAUCUCAGAUUGCCCGGGCUCUCCAGCUUGUCUUCCCCUCCAACCAACACCGACCACGCCCCCAACACGGUCACAUGACCGGCUGUCACGCCCCCAACACGGUCACAUGACCGGCUGACCCGCCCCUCUCUGUGAGGGCGGAAGUGACGUCACCCCGGUGGAGCCAUGGAGCUGAGUGAGCUGCUGUAUAAUAAAUCGGAAUAUAUCGAGACCGUGAGUGCGAGUCGUGACAUGCCCAGCCUGCCGUGACAUGCCCAGAUAGACAGCCACGGGCGGACUACAACUCCCAUCAACCGCUGACAGCUGCAGGCUAUGGCUUUGGGCUGGCAAAGGUUCAUGGGAGUUGUAGUUUGCGGGCUGUCUGGUCUCUGUAUAGCCAUGGUAUGGGCUACACACACACAGUGCUUCCCAGCUGUUAUUACAGAACUACAACUCCCAACAUGCUUUGCCAGCCCUUCCUACUGGCCACACCUGACCUGCUGUCACACUGCUUAUCACACACUGCUUAUUAUUAUUCUUUAAAAAAAAAUAUUCUAAUUUUCUUUUACAAAACCUUUUAAAAGAUUUGGCAAAAAAAAAAAAAAUGGUUGUGCAAAGCUCAAAAGAUAUACUUAGUAUAAGUAGGGACUCACUAUUUGUCCUCCAUUUGACAAAAAGAUAGAGCUACCUUGUGUCAAGCUUUUAAUUUCCCCCAACCGUCACAAGUGAUGGCUGUAUUGAAAGAAACCUCUUUAUAUGGAGUAUCCCAUGGGUUUACUUUAUGACAGAAUAUAAUGCUGUACUUUCUGCACUUGCGCUGGAAUACCAGCACUUACGUUUUCUUCUAGCAGCUGAAAAAAUAGUAGACGGAUCAGUAAAUCUCCCCUUUCCCUUCAACCCAUGGUUACCAGACUCCCUUCAGCAAUGUCAUCAUCAGGGGUCUUUUCAUAUUAUGCAAAGAUUCCAUCCAGACAGUAACAGAGUUGCUUUAACCCUUUAAGGACACAUGACAUGUCAUGAUUCCCUUUUAUUCCAGAAGUUUGGUCCUUAAGGGGUUAAAGUGGCUCUGACACCUUUGGGGUUCUUUGUAUGUUUUGCAAGUACCCCCUAAGAUGAUAACCCAGCUUGGGGUGCUGAGGCUUGUUGACUAUGCCUUUUGUCAACCUCAGGUUUUGCCAUAAGACAAAGUAGUCUGUAAAUUGUCUCAUGAUCGUAAUUAACGAUCCUAUAUUUAUGUAAUGCUCAGAAUGUUUGGGGACGUCACAGAGUCUGUGUGCGUUAGCUUGUUUAUAUAAAUGGCUAUUUCUGUAUAUACCUGUUUACUCACUACUGUUAAUAAUUUCCAUUGACAGGCAUCUGGAAAUAAAGUCAGCAGACAGUCUGUGUUGUGUGGCAGUCAGAACAUAGUCCUGAAUGGAAAGGUAAGUGCUGGAAUAUUUAUUGAUACUAACAGACUCUUAUUGUAACAGAAAUCAAUCUUGUAUGCUUCAAGAUGUGCAAGGAUUCCAAUAUUUAACUUGUGUGAUUGAAGUAUACCUGUCAUAUGCAAAUGUGGGCAUUUUAGAGUCCAGGCCCAUGCUGUGGGCUGUGUAUUUCACAAUAUUGCAAAGCACAGAAUCCAAGAUUAUGAAAAGCACACACAGCAUUAUGAAGUGUCUAUGGUGCCAGCAAGCCCCUGUCAGUUUCCCCUCGUUCUGUGACAAACCAUUUCCAAACUGUUUGACGCAAUCCGAUGGUCCUUUUAUGACCUGGUCCUUCGCUCAGCAUAUUGCAUUACAAAUAUUAUUCUGGCUAUGUUUCGAUAAUAUUCAUUAACUUCGCUUGUGUCAGCUGAUAGGACAGUCACUACUUCAUCGACUGACAUAUUUACAGCUGCAGGUCACUUACAGUGUUGGGCUACUUUGCCAUUUUUUCUUUGGGGGGGAGGAGGGAACGACAGAAUGUGGAAUUGUGUGAUUUGUUAACAUAGUUUCACACUUGGCGUAUAUAAAUUCCUCGUACUGCUGAGCAGUGUUUCAAGUCCUGCCCAAACUAAUGAAGAAGAUGUGAAAUGUACGGCUACUGUAUAUCUUCUGUGUUUAAAUGUAACUUUGUAUGGCAUGUGCUCUCAGAACAUAUUUACAAAACUGUAAAAAAAAUUCCUCUAAAAACACUUGAUCAAAAUCUAAAAUGACUGUGCUUGGCCCACUGUUUAUAGUAACAAACCACUUGGUCUGUGUACUUGUUUCAGACACUUAAAGGUUGUGUAACACAGUAACAGGGAAUUCUCCUUACCUUUCCAAACUGAGUUCCCUUAUUGCAGCCAAAAUGAUCACACUGGGGAAAAAGACAAGCUAAUUAAACAAUUUUUGCCUUAUAUAUUUCAGUAUGGUGCACUUCUAGUGGAUCUGUCCUUUCUGAAUGUCACUGAUUUGUCUACCUGAGGUUAAACAUAUCUUUUUUUUUUUUCUUUUUUUUUUGAAUGUUGAGAAUUAUUAUUGCCAAAAAAUAUUUCAAGUAUCAUGUCUUGUUGCCUCUGAAAAGAAAUUAAACAUCUUACAAAGUAGAGAUCCUCUAAUGUAAUAUAGAUUUCUUUAUUUAACAGAUCAUAUAUAGCCUUCUUAUCCAGAGCACUUUAGUACAUUUGCAGUGAGUCAUAGGUAUGGUCACAGACAGAAGGAAGUACAGUUAGGUACUGGUGAUGCAGGGGGGAGGGGGGGUAUUUGUAUUCCUGGCCUAUAGUAUCCCUUUAAUGAAAAAUCACUUUGUUUAUACCUCCCUGCAUGCGACUCACACAGUCUUCCUAAAACUGUAAAGAGAUCUAAUGUUUUAAAUUAAACAGACUGUGCAAUAAAGGAAGUCUAAAUAUCUUAUCUCUUGCUCUGUUGAUAGCUUUGUAGUGCCUUCAUUGCGUUAAAGUUGUUUCUAAAAUUGGGUCAGUACCCCAACAGACAUGGAUAGUGUGAUGGUUAGUGACUGAGAAGGAGACUGUAAAGGAAUGAUCUGAGCGAUACGACUUUACCCAAAAAAGCACACUGCCGAGGAUGCUGGGGUGAAGCGUUUUCAAAAGGAGAGGGUAGUGUCAUUGUGUCAAAGGCAGCUGCUAGAUCCAGGAGCAUAAGAGAUAAGCAGUGCUUAGCUUUUAUUGUGGUAUCUCAAUUUGUUCAUUGGAUUGCUGCAGUUUCGUUUGAGUGUUAGGAACAAAGCCAUAUUUUAUGCAAUCAAGUACAUGAAUAAGAUUCCCAAUCACUUUUAUCUUUGAAAGUAUUUAAAAGUGUUUAGCUCACUGCGGUAUAUUCUGCAUAUAGCUAGCAUUAUAGGAUUUUAUAGCGUACAUAAGCAUCCAAAUUGUAUAGACAUUUAUCUCUAUGGACACAUUUUGGCUAAUUCAAUGAGUAUCAAUUUUGGCUGCAUUGUACGUUAGAAUUAAUAGCUGAUGUUGGCUGUAUUGCAGCCAGAAAGCGAACAGAUAAAAUUUAGCUGCUGUGCAUUAAUAUACUGAGCUAAGUCUGCACAAUGUCUCGUCAUACAUCUAUAUGUUGAAUUGCACCUCCCAUAAUGCUUUUUGAACCUCAUUGAGAAACCUUUAAAUAAUAUCUUUCUCUUUUCUUGUAGACAAUUGUUAUGAAUGACUGUAUCAUCCGAGGGGACCUGGCAAAUGUUCGAGUGGGUCGUCACUGUGUCAUAAAAAGCCGCAGCGUAAUCAGGCCUCCAUUUAAAAAAUUCAGCAAAGGGUGAGAAAGCAAUAUCAUAUGUUUUUUAGACAAUCUUUUUUUAAAUCAUAAGAGCGUUAAAACAACUAAUGAUGAUAUUUUUUGUAUUCUCCUGCUGAUUUGUCAAGGUGUAAUUGAGUUGUUUGACCUAUACCGAGGCUACGCAGGUAUCACCGGCCUUUCCACUCCCCUGCUGGAUUAAUAAUGUGGUAUUUCCAUUUCUGCAUUACCAGCCUCAAUUUCUUCCAUACUUGGAUGGCAUUGAUUGGCUGUGUGUGUCAACUUAUCCUCUUUGACACAAAACUGGGGACAGCCCCCGCAGUAUUUUAGCACUACAGUGGGCUGUAUGGGAUAUGGUGCUUAAAGGAACACUAUAGUAUUGCCAAUAUAAACCUGAUAUAAUGCUAUACCUGUAGUGUCCCUUUCGCUAACUUAUUCAGUCCUUCUCCAACCGUCUGAUGUGUAAAGGGUUAAAACCCUCUUUUUAUUUAUUUAUUUGUUUAUUUUAACUUACCUUAAUUUCAGUGCCAAGGGUCCCUUGGUCCUGGCUAGAUCUCCUCCUCCCACAACGUCAUGGCAAUGUUGGAACCUAAUGCAAAUGCAAGAGAUUUACCGCGCAUGCAUUAACUCUUCGCCAUAGUAAAGCAUUGACUCAAUGAUUUCCUAUGGGCAAUUUGAAGACGUUAGACAUCCUCAUGCAAAGCGUGAGGACAUCCAACAUUGUUUCACAGAGUAAAACUCCAUCAGAGAGAAUGAAGCGCCUCUAGUGACUGUUUGGGAGACAGCAACGAUAGGUGGAUUUACCCCCGCAAUGUAGACAUUGUAGUUUCUCUGAAAGUGCAAUAUUUUACAUUGCAGGGUUAAAUAGACAGGGGCACUGCACCCAGACCACUUCAGUGAGAGGAAGUGGUCUGGUUGUCUAUGGUGUCCCUUUAAAAGUGCCCCAUUAAAACAAUGAAUAAUUAUUUUAUACUAAGGAUAUGUUACAUAUUUCAUUGCUUUUUGAGCUAUUAAUCAACUAUUUACCCAGCGCAGUUGAACUCAUGCUGGGUAAGUGAAUGCCACAAUAAUGUAUCACCUACUUCUGCUCCGUCAAGAACCCAUCCCCCUCCUAUGCCAGUUGGUAGUACCUUCCUUGUCACGUCAAUUGGCAUCAAAACAGAGUGACAUCUUUCACUCCAUUCCUGCUCUUCUCCAGCAAACACCAGACACACUCACUAGAGGCAAAAUCACAACCAAAAAACAAACAAGAGUCCUGCGCAUCCAGUUUAGGUGUGCACACCCAGGUGCUACCACAAUUAAUGUGAGGACAAAGUUAAAGCAGCAAACGUUUCGAGCAGCAGCCCUUUCUCAAUGCUAAUCACAGCAACUACAGAGGUGUAGUUAAUGUGACGGGACCGGAGAAUCUUGGGUCCCCUGCCAGUCAAUAUUUAGUAUAGAGGCUCUGUAGAGGAACUGACCAUCCUUGCUAUCCCACUCCUAAUCCCCUAUACACUACACCCAUCAUAAAACCAGUUCAAGGUGAAGCAAACAAUCAGACAGGCAAACCAAGGAAGCUGCCACUUACUCUUGUCCGCUGUAGCUAGAGUCCAGCGAAAUGCAGUUUACAUGUAAACGACUCAAUAUUAUGAAUAGUACUAUACACUGGCAAAUAUAAAAUGUUACGACUUCAUCCAAUGGUACAAGAUGUCAACUAAGCUUUAUACAUUUUCUCUCUGCACUAAAAAUGCAAGGCUACAUUAUGUGAAUAAUAUGAAAAACUACAGGAGCUGGUCAAACCGGAGCCAAACAAAUUAGGUUAUAGGCUCCUGACCAACCUUUGUAGACCGCAACAGGAGCCGGGUCACAUGGAGUCUCAAUGUCAACAGCUUAACAGAAUGUAAAGCUUUUAACCGUGGAAAAUGUCAACCUACUCGAUUACAUUCCAUUGUAUAAAAUGUACACCUUUUUGUAUACCUUUACUGUGUACACUUUGUAUGCAAUAAAACAUAUUUGAACUCACAAAAAAAGAAUUAAAAAAAAAAAUGAGGGGAGAGCCCCUGUCUUUAUAUAGCUUUUUCAUUACAUCUGUAUGAUUGAUAGCAUUGCUGCAAACACAGUGCAUACAAUAAUUUAUAUGGUUUGAUAAGACAGCUAUUAGGAGUUGCCUGAACAAACACAACUCAUAUACCCCCUAGUGACCAGCUGUUGAACUGCAGGUUAAAAAACUGUAACACUACAUUUGCAAAAAUAGGGCAACAGACUGAAAAAAGCCACACACCCCACUGCUGCCCACCUGCCCUGCAAACACGUGAGACUGAAACAUCUCCCCUGCCUUCUAUGGCUGCAAUGUGCAGCUACAAUCACUGCCUUGAUAGGAAGAUUGUUUUUUCAACACUCCUCAAUGAGACCUAAUUAAAUAAAUUGCUGCUAUUAAAUGAGUUUUAUAUGUGUAACAGAGCAGAAUGUGCCUGUCAUAGUCUCAUGGUUCUUUCUUUGUCAGAGAAGCACAGUUAUCAUUAAAAUCUGGGCAGAACAUAGUUAUUUUUGAGGAUGGCAAAUAAUAUGUGUCCACAAACUAGGACGACGCAUUUACCAUUGAAAAGAGAAGUCAGGUAACUAGAGGAGUAAACAGGGCCAGAUGGUACAUGUGUUCACUGCUCACGUGAUAUUAAUAACUGUGCAUGAUAUAUCGUUACAUCCUCCUAAUGACAGACUUUGCAGAGCUGCUAAUAUCAAGCAAUACCAAUAGUAGUAUUUACAGAAGGAAGAGGCAAAGGCAUCCAUUAGAUUAAAAAGCCAGGUCCAUUUCUGAUCGGUCUCCUCUGCAGUAAGUGCAGUCCCUGUCAAACCUCGGGGUUAUCUCAGCGUGUAAUAAUAAGAUAUAUGCCAUAAAUAGUGGGCAAUGGUCCACCAGACUUUACCUUAAUCUCAUACAACCUGGGACCCCAAACAAUUUUAACUUCAUUUAUUUGUCAGAUAAAGCUAACAUAUGUGAAAGAUGUAUUUCUAUCCAAAUCUAACAAAUUGGGAGUACAUCUAAAAACAGCCCUCCCCUUCUAACCUGGCCCAGCCUUUCUGUGACUGUCCAAUCACAAACUUCCCAAUGCAGCUCAAUGAGAAGUCUUUGCAAGGCAAGUGCUCUGGGCAAUUGCUGCCUCUUGAGUCUAGCUUCACUUAGCUAAACAAACCAGGAACUAACAGAACGUGUUGUCUGAUUGAUAGUCAUGGGGGUGUGACAAGGUUAAUCAUAAAAGUGCCAAUCUAGGGAAAUCUGCACUUUGUUGAAAAAUUAAGAAAAAGAGCACACACUCUUCACUCAUAUAACAUUACAGCAAGUGAUUUAGGGUUCUGGAAUGUUCCUUUAGCCUAAAUGAUGACUGCAUAUAUUUGCUGGAUUUAAAGAUAUUUUUAUUUGCAGUUAUUACUUCUAGUCUGUCUCCCACAGGGUGGCUUUCUUCCCUCUACACAUCGGUGACCAUGUUUUCAUAGAAGAAGACUGUGUGGUUAAUGCAGCUCAGAUCGGAUCCUAUGUCCACAUAGGAAAGAACUGUGUUAUUGUAAGUAUCAUGCAUUCAUGUUAGAUUAGGAAAUUCAUGUGUUUAGUAAAGGCACCUGCAGUAUCCGACCUGCAGCCAGUUAGCUGUUGCCAUAUUGCAACUCCCUUCUUCUUCAGCCAGCCAUGGGAGAAUAAGAGAUUGGCAGUCCAACAACCUUUCUUUUCAGCAGCUUUGACUCCUGUCUAUAGUAUGAGAACUUUCUUAAAGCCUCAUGUUAACCUCUUGCUAGUCAAUGGCAAAAUCCCCCCUUUUACACUAAAUUGUUUCUGAUUUCAGGGCCGCAGAUGUGUUUUAAAAGACUGCUGCAAAAUCCUGGACAACACCGUCUUACCUCCCGAAACUGUGGUCCCACCAUUCACUGUAUUCGCAGGAUGUCCUGGUAAGUUCUGUGCUAGCAUUAGAAAUGUAGAUAUAUUAUCUAGCCAGUGCCCAAAUUCUCAUUGCUAUAGUAAUCUUGACUUGCUUAUAAGCUUCUGAAUUUGGUAGAAUGUAUUAGCCAGACAUAAAUGUAGGAGCCAAUCAUCCUUUCUGUUGAAAUGACCCUUGUAAAUUAGACAGCGGUAAGAAUUAUUUUAGGAUUGGUAGAUCCCCAGCCAUGCAGCCUCUUCAUCUAGUUAGAUACUGCCAUUAUUUGUGGCCAUACAGAGCGCCCUUUUUUUCCCUUUACCAGUUGAUAUCCUAGGAUGACAUUUUAAAGCAAGCAUUGACCUGUAAAUAAUUAGACAUUAUCUUGUUUAUUUCCCCAUUCAGGACUUUUCUCCGGAGAGCUUCCAGAGUGCACUCAGGAACUCAUGAUUGACGUGACCAAAAGUUACUACCAAAAAUUCCUCCCCCUGACGCAAAUCUAGAAGCAGCAUCUCCCAUUCCAAGCACCUUUCCCUUUUUGUUUGUUUUUUGUACAUAAAAGUCCCAUUGGACCACCCUUUUUCUCUAGCUCACACUAUGUAUUUAUUAACCUUGUUCACUUUUUGACGACCGUUAAGCUUUGUGCAGACCCAACAAGCUAUCACGCAAACAAUAGAGGAUUCAAAAAUGGCCAUUCCUGUCACUUCUGUAAAUCCUCCAGGCCAUUCAUUAACAAUGCCUCCCUUCACCUCUGGUCAUUGAAUGAGAUUAUCAUUGUCAUUACAAUAAAUAAUUACAUUCUCUAUGACCGUUUAUUUGCUUGGAUUGUCUGAUAAGCCAAGUCAGCUGUUGUCUUCUUACCUGUGUGUGCAUCUGUCACCUUGCUGGCUCACUAAUCAAUACCUCUUUGAUUAUACCUAUAUAAUAUAGAGAAACCAGCACACUGCUCUCCAAACUAUCUUUAAAACUUACAGUCAAGAAAAUCUCCUGUCUUAGAUAAAUAAUGGGGAAUUAUUUAUUUAAAUUCUUUAUUUAGAAACCAGUGCAGAAAACAAAGUACAUUGAUACGUGGUUCAAGGUACAAUACCAUCAUUUUGGGAGAAACUGUUUCAAUAUGGGGCAGACCCAAGAUGCUCUAGCGUAGCCCCACACCAACUUUUUUGUAAACAAUAUGAAACUCUGAAAAACCCUGUAACGGAUCACCUGGCACCCCGACUGGGUACCUCCGUUAAAGGAUGCUCCUAGCACUUCCUGAGGGCUCCAAGCACUCCAGCAGACACCAAAACCACCGUAGCAGAACAGGAAUAAGCUCUUACAAGAGCUUAGUAGUGAUAUAGCAAGAGAGUAUGACUAGCAUAGCAAUCCCUUGUAGCAGAUUCCCCCAAUAAGAGACGGCACUCCAAAUUGAGGGUGAAGUAGAACUGCCAGAGCUGUGGGUUUAUUGUUCUUAUAUACACAUUCUUACACAUUAGUACCACCCACAGGGUUUUGUAAAACAACCAAUAAACACAUACAAUACACUCAGACACUCCCACAGAAAAUCCUCCCUUCUGCCUGUGAUACAAUUACCUUACACAAUGGGUUAAUGUAAUUAUCACAGGCAAGAAAAUACACAGUUUUACACAAUAUUCAUAACUUUAACAGUAUGCAUCACAUUCACAUUUUCAGAUUCAGCAUACUCCAAAUACAAACAUACGUCAAAAUCAUACAAAUUGGUCCAGUGGGUCAAAAGUUAGAUCAAAGUCCUUUGUGACCAAAUGAAGCAUAGCUUUUCAGCCCAAAUCUGGUUCCACAGUCUUCUAUCCAGUAGCGGAUCCAGAUCCUGAUCUCGGGAGGGGCACUUGUAGAUUAUUUAAAUAAAUAAUCCAGGCACAAUAACCACUACAGCUCAGUGUAGUAGUUAUGGCGCCCGUAGUGCCAGGAUCCCAUCCCAGAGUAAGUAGUCAAAACGUUUAAGAACAGUUUGACAACUUACCUGGGGUCUGCUGGGAUAUAGGGCAUAGGAGCAGUGCUAUAUGUUAGGGCAUGAAGUGUGUGUGAAAGGUGCAGUGUGUGUGUGAGCGGUGAAGUGUGUGUAUGGGGGCAGUGCUUGUGGGGUAGUGUGUGCAUGGAGGGCAGUGUUUGUGGGGCAGUGUGUGUAGUGUGUGUAUGGGGAGCAGUGUGUGUGUGUAGUAUGUGCAUGGGGGGCAGUGUGUGUAGUGUGUAUGGGGGCAG